AUGUCCACGGUCAAGAAGUGCAUCUUCUGCAAUCACGAGAACUUGGCCAUUCUCUUUCAGGACGCCAAGUACCUGCUCUUCAAGGACAUCCACCCGGCCACUGAGCACCACUAUCUGGUCAUUCCGCGAGAGCACUACCCAAAUGUGAAGUACCUCGACAGCAGCCAUCUUCCUAUGAGCUCCAGCAGCACCGGCCCUAGCAGCAGCAGCAGCACCACCACCACUUCCCUCUCGAAGCACCUGCCCAACUGCAUCAUCAUCGGCGCCCGAAAGUGCGGCACCCGGGCGCUGCUGGAGUUUCUCGACACCCACCCGCGCAUUCGCAAGGUGACUGAUGAGCUUCACUUCUUCGACGAUGACGCCCGAUACGCCCUCGGCCUGGGCUGGUACCGCCAGCAGAUGCCGCCCUCAGUGGAGGGCGCCGACGUGGUCAUCGAGAAGACGCCCGCCUACUUUGUGACGGAGGCGGUGCCGGAGCGGCUGCACGCCAUGAACGCCAGCAUUAAGAUCAUUCUGAUAGUGAGAGACCCGGUCACUCGCCUGAUCAGCGACUACGCCCAGCUGGCGAGCAACCGGGCGAAGAAGGACCGCCUGGUGCCUAGCUUCGAGGAGGAGAUUUUAUUGCCCAGUGGGAAGAUAAACGCCAACUACAAGGGCAUUCGAAUUAGCCUCUACGCCAUCUACUUUGCACGAUGGAUUAAGCUUUUCCCCAAAAAGCAGCUGCACGUCGUCGACGGCGACCAGUUUGUCUACGAUCCACUGCCCGAGCUGGCGAAGAUUGAGACCUUCCUCGGCCUUCCACAUGAGAUCAGUCGGGAGAACUUUGUGUACAACACCACCAAGGGCUUCUACUGCAUCCGAGGCGUGGAUGAUAAGAUCGGAGAGCGGUGUCUGAAUAAGAACAAGGGCCGAAAACAUCCGGAGAUUCACCCGCUGGUGAUUCGGAAGCUGCGCAAGUUCUACCGACCGUACAAUCUGUACUUCUACAAGCUGGCCGGAAGGAGGUUCGCCUGGCCAGAGUACUGA